AUUCAGUAGAUGACUCUAGUAGAGCCGUCCAAGCGAUAACUCCUUUGGUUCAUCGAAAAUAUAUCUCCUAGGACACUUCCUCACAGCUUCAUCUGUCAAGGCUUUGUAUUUUCUGACAACUUCACGAGCAUUCUUCUCAUUAUCAUCAUCGUCGUCGUCAAAACGAUAAAAUUGUGUUGUUGCACCCUCCUCUUUGGCUUCCACUCUGUUUAUAUAAUCUAUCAGUACUUCACUCUCAAAUUCUCUAUACAUCUCAAGCUCUUCCUCAUAAUUAAUCUCCGAAUAGCGCCUUAACUUCCUCAUCAGCUCCCCCUUGACAUACUCUUCCUCGAUGAACUCUGAAGGGACUAACAAUCUGACCUUCUCCACCAGUUUGUCCUUGACAUCAUCGGUGUAUUAUUCAAAAUGCAAAUAAGGGGAGCAAUAAUAGCAUCAGAGUGACUAAAGAUUACAAAAUGAAAAGACCCGUUUGGUAUCAUUUUUUCUGUUGUGGUUGCAAUAUUAUUGUAACGAACAAAACGUACAAUCACAACACCAUGAAAAUGAAAACUGAAAACAUUUGAAGUUCAUAAUUCUAGAAAAAAGAAACAUGGAAUUUGAAAAUUUUAUAUGUUUAUUUGCUUUUUCGUUCAUGUUUAGUAUAAUGUUGAGAGUAAGACAAAAGUAGAAAAUAAUGGGAGGAAUUAUGUAUCAUGGCAAAUUAUGAAAAUUUUGAGAAAUAAAAACAGAUGAAAAAAUGGAAAAAAUCCCACUGUAUACAUGUUCUUAAAACAAAUUCCCAAAAUACAUAAGUUAUAAUUUUUUUCCAAAACUACACAUGUUUGUCAUUCACCGUUUUUGACACACGCAGUGAAGAUUAUCACCGCGUUUGACAAACACGGUGAAUAUUUCACCGUUUUAAACUAAAACGGUGAAGUAUUCACCGUCUUUAUCUAAAACGGUGAUAUAUUCACCGCUUUAAACUAAAACGGUGAUAUAUUCACCGCUUUAAACUAAAACGGUGAAGAUAUCACCGUUUUAGUUGAAAACGGUGAAUAUAUCACCGUUUUAGGGCAACACGGUGAAUACCUUCACCGUUCUAGGUUAAAACGGUGAGUAUUUCACACGUUUCCAACCCCUGGUAGGUGAAAAUUAGGUAACAGCUACCUAAUGUUCGCCGUUUGAGACAAACGCGAUGAUGUUGUUCACCGUGUUUGACCAAAAUGGUGAAUAGUAGGCAGAUUUUCCUAUAAAUACCACGCCACCAGCAAUUGUAAAAAUAUAACCACUCCCCCCUCUUCAAAUUUCAGCAACCAAAACCGAGCAUAAUACAUAGAACAGGAAUUUUCGGUAUGAUUUAAUUUUUGUAUUAUAGCUUAAUGAUGGGUUUUUAGUAGAUUUUAUUUUCGUAUUAUAGCCUAAUGAUGUUUUUAGUAGUUAUAUUGUUAUGUUAUGAAUUACUUAUCGUAGCAAUUGUAGUACUUAAUUUUUGAAUUUAUGUUGUUGUUAGUUAGUUGAAUUUUAUGUUACGUUAGUUAUGAGAUGGAGUAAUAUUUGUUGUACAAUAUGGUUUUGGUUAAUUUUACUGUCUUUAAGCUAAUAGUUUAACUUAUUGUAAAUUGUAGAUAUGGGUAAAUUCAAGAAGUUUCGGCUUAUUAUUCGGUGGAAUGGAAGGGUGACAAACUCUGACAUAGGGAUUGAUUAUGAGAACGGUGAAUAAUCCACUAUGCUGAAAAUUAAGUCGCGAUUCAAUUUUCAAGAACUCUGUGAUAUUUGUGUAGACAGGGUUUGUACGAGCGGACAGACGAGACUUGGAAAAAUUAGUUACCGGCAUCCAGACAUGAGUGUUGGCGGGGUUGUGUACCAAGAAGUUGUCAUAAAUGAUGAUGACGCGGUUACGAUGAUGUUACAGUUCCUAAGCGAUAACGGGAUGCGGCUUGCAGAGGUGUAUGUUGAGACCGAGACAGUCGGUAAAACUCAUUCUCACCAGUAUUCUUAUGAUGAUGGUUUUGCAGGAGGGUACGGAUGGGAUGGUAGUUCGAGCAACUACGAAGGAGGUGGUUAUACAGGAGGUUAUGGAGAGGGUGGUAGUUCAAUCAACUACGGUGGAGGUAGUAGUGCAGGAUGGGUGCCAUCGGAAGAAAACUCGCAACAGGAUCAACCAGCCCCAUUUGUUGAGGCCGAUGGCGUUCAAUGGCCUGCUUGGGAGCCAGAGUGGUCUGAAAUCGAGAAUACCAUUCGAUCAGGGUGUACUUCACAUGAGCGAGAAGACGAUGUUGGUGAUGGUUGUCAUGUUGAUCCUUCUAACCCCAGCUAUCCAUUCGACUCAAGCGACGAGGAUACUGAGGAAGAUUUGAGAUCAGUGAGCGAGGAGGAAGAUACUGAUGAUAACGACGAUGAGGCGACAUUUCGUGAGGCACCCACGCCAUACUACACACAGGUUCCAACUCAAUUUCUACAUAGUCAGAAUGACGCCCCCGACUUCGUCCCUAUGCCAGUGUAUAAUCCGACGGCCAAUUUGGAGGUGGAUAUGACGUUCUCAUCGAAGGACGCUGUGUAGGAUGCCUUUACCGAAGAGGCCUUGAUGCGCAAUUUCAAGUGGAAGGUAAAAUAUUCUGACAGUAAACAAUUUACAUGUCAUAUGCAAGAAUGAUGUAGAGGGCUGUGUUUGGCAACUGCGGGCUGCAAAUAUGAAGAGAAAGGGUGCCUGGGUGAUUCGAAAAGCCGAGACCAACCACACUUGCUCCUCGUCCAUACGUUCCCAGGAUCACAGGCAACUUAAAGCAAAGAAAAUUGGGAGAACUAUUAAACACCUUAUCGAAGCACAACCAGAUAUCAAGGUCAAAGCUAUCAUGGCCGAGGUGAAGGAUCGACAUUCUUACACGAUAAGGUACAAAAAAGCAUGGCAUGGAAAGCAGAAAGCCAUGGCUGAGGUGUAUGGUGAUUGGGAGGAUUCGUAUGCUUUACUCGCUAGACUUAUGGCCGCAAUGGAGGAGUCCAACCCUGGGACUGUUUUCGUGCCAGUAUACAACAAUGUAUACACUGAGGAUCAAGUUCGAGUACAAGAGAAGUUGAUGUUUCACCGUAUUUUUUGGGCUUUCAAACCAUGCAUUGACGGGUUUGCGUUCUGCAUACCGGUUAUUCAGGUAUUUUAAUACAUGUUUACUAUUUAA